AUGGCCGGCCCACCACCACCACCACCACCUCCACCCCCAUCAGGUUCGGGAGGCGUUGGAAAUUCCGCACCAGCUCCGCCAAAAGCACCAAUGGCAGGAAGAGAUGCAUUACUAAGUGAUAUCAGAAAAGGUGCCAAAUUAAAGAAGGCUGUUACCGAUGACAGAAGUGCUCCAAAGGUCGGAAACUCUGGUGGAGUCACAAGCUCUUCAGCGGCACCAACGGUAGCAUCCCCAGCACCUGCAGUACCUGGUUCGAUGACCUCAGGCAGGGUUCCCUCAGGGCCGCAGCUCGGGGACAUUUUAGCGGGUGGAAUUCCGAAACUCAAGCAUGUGGGAUCUACCGCUACCCCCCCUACCAAACCAGCUAGUGCGCCUCCAAUUCCAGGAGCUAGCGCUCCAUCUAUUCCUACAGCCAGUGCACCUCCAAUUCCUCCCACCGGUGCUCCAAAAAUUCCUGGAAGUAGACCACAAAUGCCAUCUUCUAGGCCCACAAGAAGAAAAGCGACUGGCAGCAAUGUACCAACUGCACCUGCACCUUUCAAUAUCCCCAGUAUUCCAACAAGUGCACCUCCUAUACCUGGAAUGGUCCCUCAAUCUAUGAAAAAAACUUCAUCACACUCGUCUGCUGCAGCUGUUCCGCCCACUUCUUCGGCCCCACCGAUACCGACAUCGGCUCCUCCACCUCCUCAAACCAGUAGUACGCGAGCUGAUUCAACUAGGUUCCCUGACAGUAAUCCUCAAAUUCCGUCAGCGCCAGCCCCGCCAGCUCCACCAUUUUCUUCAGCUCCACCCGUACCAGCGGCUCCGGCGCCGCCAGCACCACCCGCUCCCCUAGCACCACCAGCAUUACAAGCACCACCGGCACCACCAGCACCACCAGCACCACCGGCUCCACCGGCGCCACCAGCGCCACCAGCGCCACUAGCGACAUCAACCUCUAAAGGUCAUCCAUCUAAUACUACACAAACAGCGGUGCCUUCUGGAGGUGCCCUGCCUUUCCUUGCAGAAAUACAAAAAAAAAGAGAUGAUAGAUUUGUGGUGGGAGAUGGUACUAAUUAUUCAACCAAAGUAGAACAAGAGAGCCCACAAUUUGAUGAGAAAGCUAAACAUCAAAAAUCAUCUUCGGUAUCAUCGGCGCCUCAUCCUGCUCCUACUGUACCAGAUGCUGGGAUGUCACUGCUGGACGAAAUGCAAUCAAAACUGAAACAUCACCACAGUACUUCUACCGGAAUUCCAUCGGAAGGACAUACGAUUGCUGCCUCUGCACCACCUAUUCCACAAUUCAGUGCAAAAGUUCCUAAUGCUACGGCGCCUCCUCCACUACCAAGUUCAGCAGCUCCUCCACCACUUCCUAACCUAGCAGCUCCUCCAGCACUUCCAACAUCAGCAGCAGCUCCACCACUCCCACAUUCAGGAGCACCACCACCGCCACCACUUCCACAAUCUGAAGCACCACUGCCAUUACCCUCAUCAAUGGCAGCUCCGCCUCUCCCAGCAAGCAGUGCACCUCCACCUCCACCAAUUCCUCCUGCUUCAGCCCCUAGUAUCCCAGGUGCUCCUCCAUUCCCUCCCACUCAAACAAAUUCUGGGAAAGAGUCAAAACUGCCAGCUCCAUCAGCAAAUGGCGGAUUACCUUUCCUUGCUGAAAUAGAAAGAAAGCGUGAUGACUCCCACAUUGUUGAUGGAAGCUCCUCUUACCAAUCACAGGGCAUGUCUAAUGAAGUGAGUACUGCAGGGCCAACAUCUAAUCCCCCAAUAGUUCCUGGGGGCGCUCCACCAGUUCCUCCGUCACUACCACAGAGUGCGCCACCACCAUUUCCUGUAUCAACAUCCAAAUCAUCUCAACCUCCUGUUGCACCCUCACUACCUGCAAUUAACUCUUCAGUUCCAAGUAUUCCUACAUCUUCCGCACCUUCCGCAUCGAAUCCAUUCGAUAGUGCUGCUUCAGCAUCAGCUAAAGUACCACCUCCGCCACCACCUUCAUCUUCUGACGCAAGUGCAAACAACUCAUACAAACAUCGUCUUUUUUCGUCAUCGUCUGGAGCUACUACGGUUGUCAAUCCACAUACAAACGAACCGGAGAUUGAUGUAGGUGCAUAUACCAUAAGUGGAAGCUCGACCACAACAGGUGUCAAGUUUGACCACCAAAAAGUCAACAUUGAGGACGCGAGAUUCAAGUGGAUCAAUGCCUCGCAACUUCCGAGACCUAGGCCAUUUCAAGGAAGAACAAAACUCUAUCCAAGUGGAAGAGGAAGCAGUGUACCACUUGAUUUGAAUCUAUAUGCAUGA